AUGACGUCGACGCGCAAGCAGCAGCAGGAGCUGCAUCCGGAGCAUCCAAUUCCGAGGAAAUUGUGGGAGCAUCCGAAUCCCCAGAGCACCGAUAUGUGGAAGUUCAAAGUGAGCCUGGAGAAGGCGAGCGGGCGGAAAUUCGAGAAUUACGACGCCUUGUACAACUACUCAGUCACUCAACGGGCUGCCUUCUGGCGCCACGUUUUCGACUACUUUCCCAUCGUAUACUCGGGCACCGUUCCAGACCCCGUCGUUGACGAAUCCGCCCGAAUGGACUCCAUUCCACGCUGGUUUACCGGCGUGCGCAUGAACUUUGCCCAGAACAUCCUCUUUUCCGGCGAUGCGAAUGGCCGGCCGGUCAUUGACGCAGCAAAGGCCGACAACAAGAUUGCUUGCACCGAGGUCCGCGAAGGGUGCUUCUUAGAGCCUAUCAGACACGUCACAUGGAAGGAGCUGAGGCAGCGAGUCGGCAGGUUGAGUCAGGCGAUGAGAGCGCACGGCGUGAAGAAAGGAGACCGGAUCGCGCUGGUCGCCAGUACUUGUCUUGACACGCUGACGGUCUUUCUCGCGACGACGACGCUUGGAGCCCUCUUCAGCAGUAGCUCCACGGAUAUGGGCGUCAAGGGUAUCCUGGAUCGACUCACCCAGAUAAAGCCUCGAUUUCUGUUCAUGGACGACUGGGCUGUGUACAACGGCAAAAAGAUCGAUCUGCGUGGCAAGAUGAAGGACAUCAUGGCGGGGAUGGAAGGCGUGGAUGAGUUCCAAGGCAUCGUUUCACAAGCUCGCUUCCAGCAUUCGCCGGCCGAUGUAUCGAGUGUGCCGAGAGCCAGGACGUGGGCCAACUUCAUUUCUGCCGCAAAGUCUGACAAGUUGGAGUUUGAGGACACGGAAUUUGCAGACCCUUUUCUGGUGGUGUAUUCCUCGGGGACGACGGGCCAGCCAAAAUGCAUUGUGCAUGCGAUUGGAGGGGUCAUCAUUUCGGGCCACAAAGAGUAUAGGUUGCACAGGCGCAUCAAUGCGAACUCGAAACAACUGCAAUACACGACGACGGGAUGGAUCAUGUAUCUGGCCAGUGUGCAGGCUUUGAUCACGGGAUGUCAAAUGAUCAUGUACGACGGGAGUCCCUUUGUGCCCAACUUGACCAACCUGCUCAAGUUGGUGGCCCAGGAGAAGGUGACGCAUCUGGGCAUCAGUCCCAGGUAUCUGCAAACACUGCAGACGAACGGCGUGGUGCCAAAGAAAGUGGGCGAUUUGAGCAACCUCGAGGUCAUCACCAGCACGGGGAUGGUGCUGUCGGAUCAGUUAUUCGAAUGGGUCUAUGACGAAGGGUUUCCGCCUUCAGUGCAGUUGGACAACAUCUCCGGUGGAACCGACCUGGCUGGAUGCUUUGGGACCGGCAAUCCAAUUCUGCCACUGUAUGUGGGAGGUUGCCAGUGUCUCUCGCUCGGUGUCCCGGUCAAGGUGUUCGACCAGACCGUCGAAGGUGGCAAGGGCGUCGAAGUCGAGGAUGGAGUGCCCGGUGAACUGGUCGCAUUUCAGGCAUUCCCAACCAUGCCCAUCACCUUUUUGGGGGAGAAUGGCCCGCAGCGUUACUUUGACAGCUAUUUUGCACGAUUUGACAAUGUCUGGACACAUGGCGAUUUCAUCAUGAUCCACCCAGUCACGAAACAAGUCAUGUUCUUGGGCCGGGCUGACGGCGUGUUGAACCCCAGCGGCGUCCGGUUUGGUUCUGCCGAGAUAUACAGCAUUAUUGAGGCCCACUUUGCAGACAAGAUCAGCGACAGCAUCUGCGUCGGACAAAGGAGACCUCAAGACCAAGAUGAAAGGGUGAUUUUGUUCCUGUUGAUGAAACCUGGCCAUCAAUUCACGCCCCAACUUGUCAGAGAAGUCAAGGAGGCCAUUCGAAAGGCUACCAGUCCUCGGCAUGUGCCCAAAUUUGUCUUUGAGACCAAAGAAAUCCCGACAACGGUCAACUUGAAGAAGGUCGAAUUGCCGGUGAAACAGAUCGUCUCAGGCAAAGUCAUUAAGCCUUCUGGAACGCUGCUGAACCCGGACAGCCUGAACUAUUACUAUCAGUUCGCCAAGGACGAAAACCUGGUUGAUCUGUCCGAACCGAGGGCGAAGUUGUAG